UUGUAUCGACCAGAAGAACACUGCUGAGGUUCAACGAUCAGUCAACUCCAUGUUUGUCUGGUAUCGCCACUCAACUCUUACGAUGGUUUACUUGUCGGAUGUCUCGCCUGCCGUAAAGUCGGGCGCACUGGCAAACAGUGUUUGGACCAAACGAGGAUGGACUGUUCAGGAGUUCCUGGCUCCUAACAUCAUUCUUAUCAUGAACGAGUUGGAGCGUUCAACAGGCAUAAAGGCGCUCGCACUCGGCACCUUUAAUCCAGGGAUGAAAGGUGCUCGAGAGAAAUUUCGAUGGGUGUCACGCCGUGUCACUUCGCUGCCGGAAGACAUUGCAUACUCAUUGUUUGGCAUUGUUGGUGUCCAACUGCCUGUACUCUACGGCGAGACGAAGGAAUGCGCGAUCGGUCGGCUCUUGCAAGAGAUUGUCGCUCAGUCGGGCGACAUUACUGUCCUGGACUGGGUUGGAAAACCAUCCAAGUUCAAUAGCUGUCUCCCAGCUGAAAUCGCCUCGUAUACCACUCCACCAUACACGCGACCGUCUCUAUCUGCAAAUGAGGUGCAAAAUUCUGUCUCCAGGCUGCAAAAGAUUGUGGCUGUGGAGUCAGCUUUGAAACUGUAUACCCUUUUUGACAGCCUCAGUGCGCCGCGUUUCGCGAACUCCAGACUACAUCUGCCUUGCAUUACAUUUGCUAUCACAGAAGUCAAAAAGAAGCGCGAUGAAGACCAGGCAACAUCAUUCACAUACAGAGUCAAAGCAGACGGGCUGCAAGACCUAUCAAUAGUCACAGGAGACGAGCUGGUUCAAUUCUCACCUGCACGGCCCACUCCGCAGGCAUUCUUGCUGGUCUGUCCGUGGAAUCGUCAUGAUUUCGGGCUGCCCGACUUUGCAAACGGUGCACAGAGCGUGAAAGAACAGGAGCAGGAUGACUUGGACUCCCGUUCACGAGCCUUGAGGUUGAUCGUUCGCCUUGGACAGCCUUUUAAUGCACUUUUGCUUGCGCAGCAGCGUGGUUCGGAGUACAAGAGAAUCGCGUCGGAUCGUAGUAUCACCGCAAAAAUCAAGAGCACGACUGCUGUUCAUGACAUGAUGGACGUCAAGAUGAUAGAAAUAUUGUAGCUGCAUUUUUGUGGAAGAACGGAGGCUGUGAAUUAGUUUCAUUUAUGCUUUGCAAUUCUCGCAGUGACUCCUGCUGGCUUUUGUGUACAUGUGUCGGGUUUACUGCGCGCGCGUCGUGCUAGCUAGUGAGCAUGUGCAUUGCUUUUUUUUGGUCCCUUCAGCCGAAGUAAUGCUUUUUACCAGCAAAUGUUAUCCUGAUUCCCCGCAAUUGGCAGAAGGUGGCAGUCACUGGCACUUCGAAAGCACUUAAAGUUGAAAGUUCUUACAAAAACUUCCGAGCUAAAUGCAACUUGAAAUAGACUGAACAUAUGUUCAACCGCCGAUCUCAAGAAUUCUGACGUCAGUGAAAACGGUGAACAACACCAG